GUGUGCUAAAAAAGUGUGUGACUUUGCAAUUUGUUGGUUGAACCUCAACAAAAGGUCCGCACACUUACCCAUUUAAUUUACCUUUCUUCUCUUUCAUCUCGAUAACAAAAAAUAAAAGGAAGGGAUGAUUAGUGCCUUUUUCAUCUAUAACCAAAAGGGAGAAGUACUCAUCUCUCGUUUGUAUCGACAUGACUUGCGUCGUUCAGUAGCCGAUAUAUUUCGUAUUCAAGUCAUCUCGAAUACAGAUGUGCGUUCACCCAUUGUCACUCUAGGCUCAACAUCGUUUUUUCAUGUGCGUCAUGAAAACCUUUAUAUUGUUGCCGUCACCAAAUGGAACGCCAAUGCAGCUUUAAUAUUCGAAUUUUGUUACCGUGUCGUGAAUAUCGGUCGAAGUUAUUUUGGAAAGUUUGAUGAAGAAGCGGUUAAGAACAAUUUCGUUCUGAUUUAUGAGUUAUUGGACGAAAUCCUUGACUUUGGAUAUCCUCAAAAUAGUGAAACAGAUACCUUAAAGAUGUACAUUACAACAGAAGGCGUAAAAUCCGAAAAGGCAGUAGAGGAUUCGAGUCGAAUUACAAUUCAGGCAACAGGUGCCAUCUCUUGGAGACGAAAUGAUAUCAAAUAUAGAAAGAACGAGGCCUUUAUUGAUGUGAUUGAAAGUGUCAAUUUGUUAAUGAGUAAUACAGGUACCAUCUUGAGAGCAGAUGUGGCUGGUCAAAUCUUAAUGAGAGCUUACUUGUCUGGUACACCCGAAUGUAAGUUUGGCUUAAAUGACAAGUUAUUACUUGAUAAAGAUACUGUUAACCGUACCACUGCUCGUCGUGCCAAUGCUGUCGAGAUUGAUGAUUGUCAAUUCCAUCAGUGUGUCAAAUUAGGUAAAUUUGAUAAUGAUCGUACUAUUAGUUUUGUACCUCCAGAUGGUGAAUUUGAAUUAAUGAAAUAUCGUACAACCGAGAAUGUAAACCUACCAUUCAAGGUCCAUCCUGUUGUCACCGAAAUUGGAAAUACACGUGUGGAAUACCGAAUUAAUGUAAAGGCUAAUUUUUCACCCAAGCUUUAUGCAAACAAUGUCGUUCUCAAGAUUCCUACACCAUUAAAUUCGGCCAAAGUAGAAGUUAAGGUUGGAUCUGGUGGAAAAGCUAAAUAUGCUCCUUCAGAAAACUGCAUCAUUUGGAAAAUCCCUCGUUUCCAAGGUCAAGCUGAAUUCACUCUUACGGGUGAGGCAGAAUUAAGUUCAAUGACACACAAGCGUGUUUGGUCAAGACCUCCCAUUUCCAUGGACUUCCAAGUACUCAUGUUUACUUCAUCAGGUUUAUUAGUAAGAUUCUUAAAGGUAUUUGAAAAGAGUGGUUAUCAAUCUGUGAAAUGGGUGAGAUACAUGACAAAGGCAGGGUCCUACCAAAUCAGAUUUUAAUCUCUUUAUACAACCUAAAUCACAAAUAAUACCCUUUCCUCACCCACUUGAUAAAAGACUGUU